GUGGUGACGUCACACGCUGGUUUCAGCUGCUUUGGGUCGCAGCUCGUAUCAGGAGAAGAAGUUAGCUAGUACAAACUACUCUACAACUUUUACCCAUCAGAUCACCAGCUGAAACCACACGAACAUCUUUAAAAUGGGCAACUGUCAACCAACAAUCAUGCCCUAUGAGGAUUUUGAUGUCGUUGCUGACAUCAAGGCCAUCCGCAAAGCCUGCAAAGGGUUUGGAACUGAUGAGCAGGCCAUCAUUGACAUCUUGGCAGACCGCAGUGCAGAUCAGCGUCAGGAAAUCAAAAACGCAUAUUUUGAGAAGUAUGAUGAUGAGUUGGUGGAUGUGUUGAAGAAGGAGCUGGCAGGGAGCUUUGAGAACGCCAUCCUCGCCAUGUUGGACCUGCCCAUAGUCUUCGCUGUGAAGGAGCUGAGGAAGGCCAUGAAGGGGGCGGGCACUGAUGAAGACACCCUGGUGGAGAUCCUCUGCACGGCCACCAACGCUGACAUCGCCAUGUUCAAGGAAUACUACUUUCAAGUGCAUGAGCGUGAUCUUGAAGCAGAUAUCGAAGGGGAGACUAGCGGGGACGUAAGAAACCUGCUCACAGCUCUGAUGCAGGGCGACAGAGACGAGAGUUACGAGGUGGAUGAGGAGUUGGCCGAGUCGGAUGCUACCUGCCUGUUUGAGGCUGGUGAGGGCUCCUUUGGGACAGAUGAGUCCACUUUCAGCUACGUUCUGGCCUCCAGAAAUUACCUGCAGCUCCAGGCCACCUUCAAGAUAUAUGAGCAGCUUUGUGGAACUGAAAUCCUGGAUGUCAUUGAGAAUGAGACUUCCGGGACACUUAAGAAAUGCUUCAAAGCUCUUGUAAGAGUUGCUAAGAACCCUCAGCUCUACUUUGCCAGACGUUUGAAUGCUGCGAUGAAAGGAGCGGGCACUGACGAGGACACCCUUAUUCGCAUCAUCGUGGUUCGCUCUGAGUAUGACUUGGAGACCAUCAAAGAAAUGUACCUGGAGAAGUACGAUGUGUCUCUGAAGGAGGCCAUAAAGGACGAGUGCGGCGGUGAUUUUAAACGUCUCCUCGUGGCCAUCUGCCACUAAAAGUCUGAGAGUUAGGCAGGGUGGAUUUUGAAAACAGUCAGAGACAACUGUUUAUACUGAGGGCGCAGCUGUUUUCUGUCUAACUAACUAACUCAGUCUGUCCAUGUGACAUUACAGUAUGUAGGGAGCAGGAGGGUGAAAGUGAUAGAAUAAUCAGCUAAUGUGAUGUCUAAAAUCUGAGUUACGGUGAAUUUGUGUGGCUCUCUUUUAAACUUUUUCAACAAUCAUUUAUACCGAAAUUGGCAUGAACUCAUCUGUCUGUGUCCGUCAAUUACUGCCCAUUUCUUAGUCAACUUUUAGCUCCAGUUCUUUACACUUUGACCAGCAUUUACACAGUCAGUUAAAGUCACUGUAAACAAGCACCAAUUUAUACCUUUCCAGGAGCCAACUGUAGUCACACUGAUGCAAUUACACUAUAUUUGAUCAGGUUGUGUAAGGCUUGAUAGAGUAAUCACAUUGUAAACAUGUUUGUACAUUGGGAAAAAUCUAAUCUAGCCUCAGCAUUUCUUUCUGCUGCUGCGUUUACUAAUAUAAAAAGACAAUAGUGUUACAUUAUUACCUUUGUUUAAGUAUUAAUCUUCGUUUGAAUCCAAUAUUUCUUUAUUUGUGUUCAUCUAAAACUUUCACCCUCUAUGCCCCAAACUCAGUGACUUAACUGAUGUUACCACUUAUGCAAUCAGUCCAUGUGUUUGUGCUUUUUAAAGAAGAAAUGUGAAAGUUGGAAAUGAAGGAAUCUUAGCUGGUAGCAUGUGAGGUGAAUGGAAUUAUUGAUUUUCUGAUUUGCAGAGGAGAAUAUAUAUUUUAACAGAUGCUUAUUGAAGGAUACAUAUUGCAUUUUUAUUAUCUACAACUAGAAAA